CCCGCGGUGCCUGAGGUGCCUGGAGGGAGUGCCGGAGAGCCCUGCGCCCCGCCCUGCGCCCCGCCCUGCGCCCCGCCCGCCCUGAGCCGUAGUGUGUGUGAGUGUGAGAGAGAGGAUAGUCUGAACCGCAGCACCCCGCUGGGCCUGCUCGUCCAGUGCACGGAGAUACAGUGUUGGAAUUAGCGCCGCGGACCACGAGGAACGACAAGAAGGGGAAAACAAGUUAACUCAAGUCCAGCGCAGCGGAGCGCAGCCCUGCCCAACCCCUCGGUGUGUGUGGUCCUGAGGACGUCCUCGCCAGGAUGGGUCGCUUAACGAAUUAAAAGAGCGAAGGCCUGGGGCUGCGCGGCGGAGGGGGGGCGGCUGCACACACACACGCAGGGACCACUGGCAGCCCUUCUAAAGGAUUUUAUUGGAAUAUAAUGCUCGCUCAGCCAUUACGUCCUCGCGAUGCCUGGCUCGGACCCUGAGGAGCCCUGGGAGCCUCCCGCUCCCCCUCCCCUGCCCGGGCCUGGACACCACCGGCCCAAGGCACUCGGCCGAUGACGCUUCCCGCUCCUGGUGCAGCAGCUGCCUUAUAAUCUCGACUUCCUUUCAUGGACUCACGGUCGGACAUGACAGGAGCGGCAGAGGCAGCAGCCACAGCAGCAGCAGCGGAGGCGGAGGCCGGGGGCGAUAGCUCGUGGGGGCCGCAACUUGUGCGCCCGCCGCCCCCACAGCUGACGCGGGGGAGGGGGCGCAUGGGGAGGGGGCGCGCGCGGACAUAAGCCCCAUGCACCAUGUCCGAGUGCUCGGAGUCGGUCUCGGAGGAGGAGCGCAGCUUGUUCCGGCCCUUCACCAGAGAGUCACUAUCAGCCAUCGAGACGCGGAUCGCGGAGCAGGAGGCUCGCCAUCGGGAGCUGGAGCGGAAGCGCGCGGAGGGGGAGGAUGAGUAUAUGGGACGGAAGAAAUCGAAAAAAGAAGUGCGGUACGAGGACUCGGACGAGGACGAGGGUCCGCAGCCGGAUGCAACGCUGGAGCAGGGCGUGCCCAUACCUGUGAGGAUGCACGGCAACUUCCCCGCCGAGCUGGCCUCCACGCCCCUGGAGGACAUCGACCCCUUCUACCACAACCAGCGGACAUUUGUGGUGAUCAGCAAAGGGAAGGACAUCUUUCGCUUUUCGGCAACGGACGCGCUAUGGAUUCUGGACCCGUUCAACCCCAUCCGCCGGGUGGCAAUCUACAUCCUCGUCCACCCGCUCUUUUCUCUCUUCAUCAUCACCACUAUCCUCACCAACUGUAUCCUCAUGAUAAUGCCCAGCUCACCAAAAGUCGAGUCAACAGAAGUAAUAUUUACCGGCAUCUACACAUUUGAAUCAGCCGUAAAGGUGAUGGCCAGAGGAUUCAUCCUACAGCCGUUCACCUACCUUAGAGAUGCAUGGAACUGGUUGGACUUCAUUGUCAUAGUUUUAGCUUAUAUCACAAUGGGAAUCGACUUGGGAAAUCUGGCAGCCUUAAGGACUUUCCGAGUGCUUCGAGCUCUCAAGACGGUCGCCAUUGUACCUGGUCUGAAAACCAUCGUGGGUGCUGUGAUAGAAUCCGUGAAAAAUCUGCGGGAUGUGAUCAUUUUGACCAUGUUCUCUCUUUCUGUAUUUGCGCUUAUGGGCCUGCAAAUCUACAUGGGUGUGCUCACACAAAAAUGUAUUAGAAAUUUUCCCAAUGAUGGGUCUGCAGGCCCACUAACCGACGCGAACUGGUUUGCUCAUGCUAGUAACAAAACAAAUUGGGAGUGUAACGACGAGGACGCCCGCGACUGCCCGCUGUGCGGGAACUCAUCGGGCGCCGGGAUGUGCGAGCCGGGCUACACGUGCAUCCAGGGGUUUGGCUCCAACCCCAACUAUGGCUACACCAGCUUCGACACGUUCGGCUGGGCGCUGCUCUCCGCCUUCAGGCUCAUGACGCAAGACUACUGGGAGAACCUCUACCAGCUGGUACUGCGCUCAGCCGGGCCCUGGCACAUGCUCUUCUUUAUCGUCAUCAUUUUCCUCGGGUCGUUCUAUCUGGUGAACUUGAUCCUCGCUAUCGUCGCCAUGUCGUACGACGAGCUCCAGAAGAAGGCAGAGGAGGAAGAGGCCGCCGAAGAGGAGGCUAUAAGAGAGGCCGAGGAGGCCGCCGCAGCCAAGGAGACGAGACGGGUGAAUCGCGUCGCCGCACACGAGGCCAAGGUGCACGCCGCGGCUGAGGCGGCGGCGGCGGCGGAAGCUGCGACUCACGAGGCAGACACUGCGGGCAGCGUCGCCAAGUCGCCGUCAGCGUUUUCGUGUCAAAGCUACGAACUGUUCGUGGGCCAGGAGAAGGGCAACAUUGACGACAACAACAGGGAGAAGAUGAGCAUCCGGUCGGACGACUGCGCCGAGUCGCUGAGCGAACACCACACCCGCGCGGGCCAGACAAAGUCGCGGAAGAUGAGUGCAGAUAGCCUCACGGAGGCCAGUUUGAGUCUUCCUGGGUCACCGUUCAACAUCCGGAGGGCUUCCAGAAGUUCACACCAGUUUGCCAUGAGGAACCCGCCCCGCGCCGGUCGCUGGGGUGGAGACCGAAAGCCUCUGGUGCUCAACACUUACCUGGAUGCUCAGGAACACCUCCCUUACGCCGACGACUCGAACGCCGUCACGCCCAUGUCGGAGGAAAACGGCGCCAUCGUGGUGCCUGUCUACUACACCAACCUGGGCCACUCGUCGCGCCACUCGUCCUACACGUCGCACGCCUCGCGACUGUCGUACACGUCCCACGGCGACCUGCUGGGCGCGCUCGGCGGCCCCAUGGCCAAGCAGCCCACCAAGGAGAGCCGGCUGCGCUCGCGCUCGUCGCGGGCGUCGCAGGCCUCGCAGCAGUCGCACGUCAUCACGCAGCAGCCUACCUACCGAGAAUAUGAGCCGUCCGCAGACCUGGGUGAGGAGCAGCGCUCCAAACUUCAGGACAACCCCUUCAUAGACUCGGGACACGUCCAAAACAUAGUCAACAUGAAAGACGUGAUGGCGCUGAAUGACAUUAUAGAACAAUCUCAGGGUCGACAGUCACGGCAAAGUGAACAAGCAGUGUCUGUCUAUUAUUUUCAACAAACAGAAGAAGACGAGGAGGAGCCUACUUUCAAGGAGAAGCUGAUAGCUGCCUCCUUGCGGGGCAUCGACGUGUUCUGCGUGUGGGACUGCUGUUGGUGCUGGCUUAAGCUCCAGCACUACGUCAGCCAACUUGUCUUCGACCCCUUUGUGGAGCUUUUUAUCACACUCUGCAUCGUGGUCAACACGCUCUUCAUGGCCCUCGAUCACCAUGACAUGGAUCCAGCUAUGGACAGCGCGUUGAAAAGCGGCAAUUACUUUUUCACUGCUACUUUCGGUAUCGAAGCGACACUGAAACUUGUUGCCAUGAGCCCAAAGUUCUACUUUCAAGAGGGCUGGAACAUCUUCGACUUCAUCAUCGUAGCGCUGUCUCUGCUUGAGCUCGGUCUUGAGGGGGUGCAGGGCUUGUCGGUGUUGCGGUCCUUCCGUUUGCUCCGAGUGUUCAAGCUUGCCAAGUCGUGGCCCACGCUCAACUUGCUCAUAUCUAUCAUGGGUCGGACCAUGGGCGCCUUAGGUAACUUGGUCUUUGUAUUGUGUAUCAUUAUCUUCAUCUUCGCCGUGAUGGGAAUGCAGCUCUUCGGCAAAAACUACUACGAUAAUGUGGACAAAUUCCCUGGGGGCGAGAUGCCGCGGUGGAACUUCAUUAACUUCAUGCACUCGUUUAUGAUUGUCUUCCGAGUCCUUUGUGGAGAGUGGAUCGAAUCAAUGUGGGACUGUAUGCUCGUUGGAGACUGGUCUUGUAUCCCUUUCUUCCUGGCCACAGUAGUGAUCGGCAACUUGGUCGUAUUAAACCUUUUCCUUGCCUUGCUCCUGUCCAAUUUUGGGUCUUCCAAUCUCUUCGCCCCCACGGCGGACAGUGAGACAAAUAAAAUCGCUGAGGCUUUUAACCGGAUAUCAAGGUUUAUUAACUGGAUUAAGAUGAAUGUAGCGAAUGUUUUAAAAAUGGUCAGAAACAAACUAACCAACCAAAUAUCAGACCAAACUGCACAUUCAAAUCGAGAUCUGGACCUGGAUCUUGGAGCCGACGAAAUCCUAGCAGAUGGAGGUCUGGUAUUCAGAGACAAGAAAAGUCCCAACACUCAGCUCGAGAUGGCCAUUGGCGAUGGCAUGGAGUUUACCAUACAUGGAGACCUGAAAAACAAGCUCAGGAAGGGAAAAUUCCUAAACAAUGCCAAAUCAAUAGGAAAUUCAAUCACUGGAAACCACCAAGACAAUCGUUUUGAAAGCGAUUUUAUAAAGCACAGAUACGACGAUGACAAUAUUAGCAAUCACUCUUAUGGGAGCCACAAAAAUAGGCCUUUCAAAGAUGAGAGCCAUAAAGGUAGCCUCGAGACUCUAGAUGGCGAGGAAAAGAAGGACGCCAGCAAAGAGGACUUGGAGGGCGAGAGGGUAGAGACAGACUUAGAAGGUGAUGUGGAGGGCGAGGGUGAGGGGGACAUGGACGAGAUCAUCAUCGCCGAUAACACCGAGGAUGUGUUGGUGGGCGAGUACCCCGCCGACUGCUGCCCGGACAACUGCUACAAGCGGUUCCCCUUCCUGGCCGGCGAUGACGACGCGCCCUUCUGGCAGGGCUGGGCCAACCUGCGACUCAAGACUUACCAGCUGAUCGAAAAUAAAUACUUCGAGACGGCUGUCAUCACUAUGAUUUUACUUAGCAGUAUGGCCCUGGCAUUGGAAGACGUCCAUUUACAGAGUAGACCUAUUUUACAAGACAUACUUUAUUACAUGGACAGAAUAUUUACCGUCAUCUUCUUUAUCGAAAUGUUGAUAAAGUGGUUGGCGUUAGGGUUUCGAAAGUACUUCACUAAUGCCUGGUGUUGGCUCGAUUUCGUCAUUGUUAUGCUGUCUCUGAUAAACCUAGCUGCCAUUAUGGCCGGCGCGGCGGACAUACCCGCAUUUCGGUCCAUGCGAACGCUGCGCGCCCUCCGCCCCCUGCGAGCCGUGUCGCGUUGGGAGGGCAUGCGCGUGGUAGUAAAUGCCUUGGUCCAGGCUAUUCCUAGUAUCUUCAACGUGCUGUUGGUGUGCCUCAUAUUUUGGCUUAUUUUUGCCAUUAUGGGAGUCCAACUGUUCGCCGGAAAAUAUUUUAAGUGUGUGGAUGCAAACAAGACGACUCUGAGCCAUGAAAUUAUACCAGACAAGAAUGCCUGCAUAGCAGAAAAUUACACAUGGGAAAAUUCACCGAUGAAUUUUGACCAUGUCGGCAAGGCCUAUUUAUGUCUCUUCCAAGUAGCAACAUUCAAAGGAUGGAUUCAAAUUAUGAAUGAUGCCAUUGACUCCAGAGAGAUCAACAAGCAACCAAUUAGGGAGACAAAUAUCUACAUGUACCUGUACUUUGUCUUUUUCAUUAUUUUCGGCUCAUUUUUCACUUUAAACCUGUUUAUCGGAGUUAUCAUCGACAACUUCAACGAGCAAAAGAAAAAGGCUGGAGGAUCCUUAGAGAUGUUCAUGACUGAAGAUCAGAAGAAAUAUUACAAUGCAAUGAAAAAGAUGGGCUCAAAGAAGCCUAUGAAGGCCAUUCCAAGACCAAGGUGGAGACCUCAAGCCAUAGUGUUCGAGAUUUGUACGGAUAAAAAAUUCGACAUGUUUAUUAUGUUGUUCAUUGGUCUCAACAUGUUGACCAUGACACUUGACCAUUAUCAGCAGGCUGAAACAUUUAGUACGGUGCUGGACCACCUUAACAUGAUAUUCAUUGUAAUCUUCAGUUCUGAAUGUCUUAUGAAAAUAUUUGCUCUACGGUAUCACUACUUCGUAGAGCCAUGGAACCUUUUCGAUUUUGUAGUAGUAAUUCUAUCAAUAUUAGGUCUUGUACUGUCCGAUAUUAUUGAGAAAUAUUUUGUCUCGCCCACGUUACUUCGAGUGGUGCGAGUAGCGAAAGUAGGUCGAGUUUUGAGGUUGGUUAAGGGAGCCAAGGGCAUCCGAACGCUGCUCUUCGCGCUGGCCAUGUCUCUGCCAGCGCUCUUCAACAUCUGCUUGCUCCUCUUCCUCGUCAUGUUCAUCUUUGCCAUCUUCGGCAUGUCGUUCUUCAUGAACGUGAAAGACAAGAGCGGGCUCGAUGACGUGUAUAACUUCAAGACCUUCGGCCAGUCUAUGAUCCUGCUCUUCCAGAUGUCGACAUCAGCGGGUUGGGACGGUGUGCUGGAUGGCAUCAUCAACGAGGAGGAGUGCGUGAAGCCUAACAACGAGAUGGGCAUUCCGGGUAACUGCGGCUCCUCCACUAUCGGCAUCACGUUCCUGCUGUCGUACCUCGUCAUUUCGUUCCUUAUCGUUAUCAACAUGUACAUCGCUGUCAUCCUCGAGAAUUAUUCUCAGGCGACAGAGGACGUGCAAGAGGGCCUGACUGACGAUGACUAUGACAUGUACUACGAGAUAUGGCAGAACUUCGACCCCGACGGCACGCAGUACAUCCGCUACGAUCAGCUGUCAGACUUUCUGGACGUGUUAGAGCCGCCCUUACAGAUACACAAGCCCAACAAGUACAAGAUCGUGUCUAUGGACAUUCCCAUCUGCAAGGGCGACCUCAUGUUCUGCGUCGAUAUCCUCGACGCCCUCACUAAAGACUUCUUCGCCCGCAAGGGCAAUCCCAUUGAAGAGACGGGUGAAUUAGCCGAGGUACAGCCGGGCCGGCCGGACGAGGCGGGCUACGAGCCCGUGUCCUCCACGCUGUGGCGUCAGCGCGAGGAGUACUGCGCGCGCCUCAUCCAGCACGCCUGGCGCAAGCACAAGCUGCACCGCGGCGGAGGCGUGUCCUCUGACGAGGGCGGCCCCAACGCCGGCGACGACGCUGGCAGCGGCGGUGGCGGCGGCAGCGCUGGCAGCGCCGGCGAGGACGGCGACGACGAGUCAGCAGGCGGCGGUCGGCAGACGGCCGUUCUCGUCGAGUCGGACGGCUUCGUGACGAAGAACGGUCACCGCGUGGUGAUCCACUCGCGGUCGCCCAGUGUGUCUUCGCGCCUUGCGGAUGUCUGAGGAAGGUCGCGUCCCCCUCUCCCGUUCACGCACAUGAGCCCCGCUGUCCUCAGCGACACCGAGUAGGCAAAUGAGCGGACAGCCACGCGCGGCCCCCGCGGCCCCCGCGCCCGCCGCUCAGCUCCCCCUCCGCCCCCGCCCAUCUGACCCUCUUCCCCGGGUCGGCGGGUGGCAGGCGGGCUGGGGUUGCUUUCGGCCGGGCGUGAGGCUCAUCGGCCGCGGAGGUUGGGCGGCGGCAGUUCUCGUCCCCACGGACUCGCGGGGGUGGCUGGUGCCAGCGCGCGGGCCCGGCCCCCGCCUUCCCCGUUGGGGCCCGCCUGCGCGCCCCGCUCCUCUCACCCCCUGGGGGGACGACGCGUGAACAACAGGGGGAGGGCGCGACGUUAAACUACUAUCUGCUUCGGUAGAUUUUUUAGCAAUAUUUUUUAAUGAAUUGAACUUUUUGCGUACGUGUAUUUUUUUUCUCGAGUGAAGUUGCAUGGUACGUGCGAGAGGACUCCCCUAAUGAUCUCCAUUGGACCUAACGGCCUGAAAACACGAUUUUUUUUUGUAGUGGACUUUGCAACUGCCAAUGUAAAUUAAUUAAUUGGGCCCAAAAAUGGAAUGGAGAAAGGGAGACGCCAUACCGGCUUGUAUUACGAGGCAAGGUGGUGUUGGUUUUAGGAAAGCUAUUUCUGGAGCGCUCACAACGACUUGUUUUUACUAGAAUUGUGUACGGUCUCCGUACAGUCUUUAUUUAACUGGGCGCCCUUAAGACUUCUACUUGUUUGGUGUGGGUUCAUCAAGACAAGAAAAAGAAGAUACUGUGAAGUUGGAUUGAAGCCUAGCGCCACAUCGACCACCUGCUCCUGAGGUUGACCCACCUGAUGCUUGCAAACAAUAAGUGCUUGUCCAUUUUUUAAAAGAUAUCUAUUUCAUUGGUAAAGUACUGGGCAAAAGUGCUUUUGCUUCAAAAUAAUUUCUAGACAAUUUUAUUAUUGAAUCACAAGGCAAGUUUACUGAAUCUUUUUUUUUUUAUGGAAGUGUUUGUGUGUGUGCCAGCCAGCUGUUUGGACGCGUCCAGCGCGCUGCCGGUCAGUUCUCUGGCAUUUAGUCUGCUGGGGCAACCCACUUGUUGAUUUCCUGCACAUCAUUUUUGUGUCAGUUUUAAAUAUACCACUUUUAAAGCGUGCUGUAAAUAUUGUUUUUGUAUGUGGUAGCUUUUUUUCUACCAUAUAUGAAUGAGAUUAAGAUUGUUAUACGAAAUGAUUGUGUUUGUCACGACACCAUGAUAAAUGAAUGUCACUGCCUUUGGUAUUGUAUUGUAUUAAGUACAGUGCAACCACCAUGCACCUGUCAUCGAAGUGUUGUGUGAAGCACAUGGAUUGCAGCUCCACUAUUGUGUGCGCACAACCCUGCUUCUAAUUCUGACACAAAAAUUAAAUCUACCUAUUUCUUUACUUUUUGUACUUUUUCUCUAUAUUUUCUCUGAGUUAUCCUGUUGGAUGGGAAGCAAGUGGUGGCCCCACCAUACAGCCAAGGCAGAAAAGGAGAGAUGAAAGUGUACAUGUUAGCUCCUAAAAUCAAAAUGUGGCAGAAAUCAAAUUUGACAGGUUUUAGGAGGUAGGUGAAACUUCAUGUGUUUGGUGUUUGCAACCUGUGUGCUGCCAGUAAGGAGACCUGACAGGGCUCUUGAAACAAACUUGACUUGUUAUUUUGUUUAAAAUGAAUUUUUAAAAAAUAUUUCCAAGGCACAAAAUAUUAUGGAAUUGUUAUGUAAAUAAAAUUGUUUAGGGAGCCUUUGCUGCCCAAGCUUAAGGUGCAGAUGGACCUUGAGUGUUUCUGUACACGCUGGUCAACACGUCCUUCUUUUUCUACCAUGUCUUUUUUUAUAUAGUUCAGGUACAAGGGGCUUUCAUUAAGAGCCGCUGUCAGAGGUGAGAUUGAGGUAGAAAUGGGAGGGAUGUAGUGGAAUCAACCACCAUAAUAUGCAAUUUUAAAAAUGGCUUUGAAUUGAGGAUUGUUGCUCAAAGUUUAUCCAGAAUAUAUAUUAACUAAGGUAUUGUUGUUUAUUGAUGAUAUCACUGUUUUCAUUAUUCAUACCUCAUAUGAUCAAAGAAAUAAUUAACAGAACGAAAUAGAAUAUCAUCCAGAUUUGGAGUCAAGGAAAUUAUAAAGGGUUGUACUAUGUCAGUGUACUGUUUGCUAAUCGCAAUUUCUGUGUGCUGCUGUCAAUGCACUUCGUGGUGUAAAAAUACUUGACCUUACUAUUUCAAAUUUAAAUCCUAUGUGAACCAACCGGUUUCAAAUCCUCAAGUUUGCACUUUUGACAUGAUUAAUUUAAAUUUAACAGAAAGUCUCAAUACUUGGGAAGUUGGCACGCACAGUUCCAUUAAGGCACAAUUUUUCUAAAGAAAAAGUAUUUCUUAUGUUUUGUAAGCAAUGUAUGACCUAGUUUGCUUAUUUGUCAUUUAUUUUUCAACUGAAUUUUAACAGCACGUUUGCAUUGAUGAUUCAUUGAUGACCAUGUUGGGCCUCACUGAUGACUGGGGGCUCACUGGAGGUUAAUGGAAGUGGCUUAUGAGCCCUACUAAUUCCGUUUUGACCGUCCACAUUUUCUCUCCUGAUGUACUUAUGAGAAAGAUGUAUGGCUUUGGUUCUUAAGUAUGGCCAUUUCUUUUAAAGUAGCUAGAAUGUUUUGGAUCUGUAACUGAUGUAAAGACGUGUGAGGUGUCAAUAGUUUUAGAGACGUGUUUCUGAAAUAACUGCAGACCAUGUCUGCUUUGAGGGUGAAGUCAAUAUUUCAAUAUUGACUGUUAGGUUGCUCAAGACUGUUUGCAUUUUCACGCCUACCCCAAAGCCACGCAUCCUCCCACGGAAGAAUGGCAUGUCUGUCGGUGUCUGUUAGAAAUCAUUUUGGAAUCUACUCGAUAUCCACAGACAUGUGCUUUCCGUGUGGGUCAAUUAGCAUGAUUACAGAUUAGGGAGGUGAAAAGAUUCAUUGUUGGUGGAAGCCCUAAGAUGAGCCACUCUGAAACGGUACUUUGAGAUGUAAAAGUUUUUUACUAGAUACUUUUAAAAUCAGAAAUCUUAUAACGUUCCUGUUAUUAGGUAAUACCUUGUACAAUUUUUCUACUGUGCAUCUAGAAUUCUAUCAAUUACAGUUCCUAUAUUUUUUGACCCACAGUUUGAAGUAUUCUGAGCUAGCAAUAUAUCAGGCAUGGCAUUUUGAUCCUUUCAGUUGGUUUGUCUUCCUCUAUCACCCCACCUUAAUUUCUGCAAAACUAUUACUGAUGCUUGUUUGCAUUUUUGUUGUUACUUGGUUGAGCUUGGUGGUGACACUGUUGGCUUUACUUUAAAACAUGGCAUUGAAGUAGCUGAAGUCAGCGAAAAAGGCGUACAGCUGUCUUCAACUCAUUUCAACUAAACUUAACCUAGUGAUCAUAAUUGAUAUGUUCUUUCAUCAUCCAUGUUUUAUAUUGCAAACAAAUUGUGAGGAUUUUAAAAAUAUGGCUUUUCUCUAAUAAUUUUAUUUCUUUGCCUAGCAAGCACUAUGUGUCAACAGUAAAACUUCAAAUUGGGAAGAUUAAGAACGCCUUUUGGCAUGUCACUUAAAAACUUGACUAUGAAUACUUGUUUUUUUAUCUGUUCUCAAGUUAACAUUGCCUCUUUUUUGUGUGGUCUGCUGACAGAUUUUCCUACAAGUGAUUAGAUAACUAAUUACCAUGCAUCUAAAAAUUUGUUUUGUGACAUACCAGUCAACAAUACCGAUAUAAGUGAACAAUUAAUAACAAUCACAAGUUCAUCAAUAAGUCAUACAGUAUUGAGUUCUUUACAGGUUGUUUGUUUGUGGACAUCCUGUACGAAAGUAUAAAAUCAAUCUUAAAAUAUUGUAAAGAUUACAUUGACGUGAGAAAGGGGCAGUUUUUAAACGUUUUUAUACCAUGAAUGUCUUGGAGAUAAAAAAAAUUAAGCAAAUCAUAAUGACCUUGUACAGUUUUGUUAUGUGAUGUUGGUUGUAUCAAAAUUGGCACAUGUGCUCUGAUAUUACUAGUGAUACGGUUAAGCUUUUAUUGGGAGCAACUUUGACCUCAAAUUAAUGUCUGGCUGUUAUUGAUUCCCCUGAAGAAAAAAUUGCUUCUCCUUGUUAUUUUUAACUAUUAUGUGAUAACAGAAUUAAGUGCACUGUAUUUUGUUUGUUUUAAUAAUCAGGAACACUUUAAAAACAGAGGAAAAGCUCAUGAUAUUCUCAAGUCGCUCAGAUUUUAUAUGUUUUCUGUAUAAGAGCAAUAGGGGUGCAGUGGAUGUUUCCUAUAGACCACUUGUAAUGUACAUCACAAACAACAUUUAUAUGAAGAACCUUUUCAAAACAUUUACGAAGUCAGAGAUCUGUUAUUCAAAAUUUAAAUAAGAGAAUAUUAUGCAAAGAAUUGAAAAACUGUAGAGCAUUGAAUGCAUUACUCUUGCAAACAGUACAGAAGGCAAUGUGCAGCCCAUGUUAAACAACCACUUAGUGUUAAACUGAAACAUUUCUAUGAUAAAUCUUGAAAGAGUAUACUUAACAUCCCCAGUUAUUGUUGAAUUCAUCUUUUUUUUAAUGAGUUCAUUCAUCUCAUUAAGGGAUAAACUUGGAGGUUUCCAAAAAGUACUCCACAUCACAAUUUCUGCCUGUUGGCGGCUACUUCCUUGUACAACUACGAGCUGAUUGCUAGCUGCACUGACUGAGAAAAAUAAAGCUUUUUUCAAAUAAGGCAUACUAUUAUGCAUUUGUUUAUGAGUUCAAUAAAGAGGGUGCGUGCACUUUUUUUAAAGAUGUA